AUGCGUACCCGGCAGAAACGCCUCAACUACCGAGUUUUGAAUGACGAGAGCGAUGGAGAGGCUUUGGCCGAAGAUCAAACCGACCAAGCAAGCGAACCAAGCGAGCCGCCGAGCAAUCUUACACGUACUCUCCCAGCCUGUCAAGACGACGUGGUGAUCCUCGCCAGCAUACCAGGUUGCGAGCUCCUACCUUCUGAGUCUGUGUCGCAAGUGCUAGUAUCCCCAGAAGGCUCAACAGAUGCUGGUACUUCAAUCACGAGCCAGGUAUCCUCUCGAUGCUCCAAACGGCCAGCGCCUGCUACAGAAUGGAUCUGGGGGUACUUCGAGGCUACAGACGUUGAUUGUCCAUGGGUUAUCAAGAGGACUAACAAGAGGCGGCUGGUUGACCGAGAGAUUUGCUGGAUAAUUGGUCAUGGGCUGACUGACGAAUUUGAGUACCGCGAGAGAUUACUCGAGUUCGCCGAACUCCAGGGCAUUCAUAGCGGCGAAAAUCUGUCAAUUGCAGUGGAAAAUAUGCUAAUCGAGUUGGGUCUCGAGGACAAGCUCAGUUCCAUUACAGGCGACAACGCCAGUAACAAUGAGGCCAUGGCUUCGGAGUUAUUCUUGUCUCUUUCCGACCGACCUGGGGUGGAAGAAGCAAUGCCAGCACCACUCUAUCGAGGCCUUGACAGUUACAUCCGCUGCCUGGCUCAUGUCCUCAAUCUGAUUGUGAAAGAUAUCCUCCACAAAUUCGUUGCUCAAGUCAACAAGUUCCUAAACCUUCAGGAGGAACUCCCGCCGUUUACUCUCCAAGAUUGGUCCCGGCUGGAACAGAUUCACACAGUACUCCACAAGUUCAACGUACUUACUUUGUUCAUUUCGAAGCGCAACCCACAAAUCAGCCUUGCAGACCCGAUUUACUAUGAGCUACACGAAUUGCUUGACGACGUGAGGGAGGGAAAAGAUGACUUCGCAAAACUGGAUCGAGAUAUCAUAGCUGCAGUGAAAGAAGGGAUGAAGAAAUACGAAAAGUGCUAUUCCAUUAUGGAUAAUUGCGACACUACACUGCCCUCGUCUUGGAUCCUCGAGUCAAAGGUGAAAUGGUCUUACGAGAACUUCAAGAUCGCAAUGCAGGGGCAAUGA